GGUGUGACUUGUGCUCUCGGCAUUCUGACCACGUCUGUGGAAACUUGUUCUAUAGCGGUCGCUGCGACGUUCAUCUUCGGAUGGUCUGUUUCAAUAUCGAUCAUUUGCGGAUUGGUACUGGCUGCCAUCUCACCAGCUGUCACUGUUCCAGUAAUGCUCGAUCUGCAGAACCGAGGGCUAGGUUCACGAAAGGGCAUCCCUACAAUCGUGCUUGCGUCGGCCACUUUAGACAAUAUCCUCUGCAUAACUGCUUUUUCCAUUGUCACUACGAUAGCAUUUUCGACAGGUAAGGUUGGAAAAAUAGUACACAUACUUAUCCUACUAUGCAUAAUUCGCUAA